ACCAAGAGUCCCCUACGUCUCGUCUUGCCCAACGCGCAUGCCCAACUCAUCUAUCCACUUGCGCCGCGCCUGCUCUGUCUUUUCCGCGCGCCUCUAGGCAGCUACUUUGCUCUUAUAUCCUUUUUUUCUCGCCCGAUACCCCCCUCCCACACUCAACCUCUCCUGACAAUCCCCGCACCAUGAACGUCCUCAAGCUUCAGAGGAAAUAUCCUCAGUUCGAACAGGCCGACAUCUUCGGUCUUACCGAUGCAUUCCGCAAGCUCGACGUCGACGACAAGGGCUACCUCGACGAGGCCACCGUCAUCAAGGCGACCCAGACCUCGGAGCGCCAGCCCUACGAUGUCGUCCGUCAAGCGCUGAAGGAGGUCGAGCUGGACAGCUCGAGGAGAGUAGAACUCGACGACUAUGUCGACCUCAUCGCCAAAUUGCGCCUCUCUUCGCCCGCCCAGCAGCGCAUGUCGACGGGUCCCACGCGUCCGCGAGGCCUCAGUGGCGCCGCUGGUAACAUUCCGCAAUCUCCCGUUCACGCUCGUGGAGGCAGCCAGGGUGGUGGAAGGAUACAGGUCCAGGGCUCCUCCUCCAACGUCACACACACCAUCAACGAGGAUGAACGUACCGAAUUCACGCGCCACAUCAACGCUGUCCUUGCCGGCGAUGAGGACAUUGGCAACCGUCUUCCCUUCCCCACCGACACCUUCGAAAUGUUCGACGAGUGCAAGGACGGCCUGGUUCUUGCCAAGCUCAUCAACGACAGCGUUCCAGACACCAUCGAUGAACGUGUGCUGAACAGGCCCGGCAAGAAGAUCAAGCAGCUCAAUGCCUUCCACAUGACCGAGAACAACAACAUUGUCAUCGAAUCCGCCAAGGGUAUCGGCUGCUCCGUUGUCAACAUUGGCAGUGGUGACAUUAAGGAGGUGCGCGAGCAUUUGAUCCUCGGUCUGAUUUGGCAGAUUAUUCGCAGAGGUCUUUUGGGCAAGAUUGAUAUCAGACUUCAUCCCGAGCUUUACAGGCUGCUGGAGGAAGAUGAGACCCUUGAGCAGUUCCUUCGCUUGCCUGCCGAGCAGAUCCUUCUCCGCUGGUUCAACUACCACCUGAAGAACGCCAAGUGGCACAGAACCGUUUCCAACUUCUCAACCGACGUCAAGGAUGGCGAAAACUACACCGUCCUCCUCAACCAACUGAAGCCAGAGAUCUGCUCUCGCGCCCCGCUUCAGACCUCGGACUUGAUGACCCGUGCUGAGCAGGUCCUCGACAACGCCGAUAAGCUGGAUUGCCGCAAGUUCCUGACGCCCAAGGCCCUCUGUGCCGGAAACCCCAAGCUCAACCUUGCUUUCGUUGCCAACCUGUUCAACACGCACCCCUGCCUCGACCCCAUCACCGAGGAGGAGAAGGCCGACAUUGAUGAUUUCGAUGCAGAGGGCGAGCGCGAGGCUCGUGUCUUUACUCUUUGGCUCAACUCGCUCGAUGUCCAGCCGGCUGUCCAGAGCUUCUUCGAGGACCUCCGCGAUGGCCGCAUCUUGCUGCAGGCUUACGACAAGGUUAUUCCUGGCAGUGUCAACUGGCGUCACGUCAACAAACUGCCUCCUAGCGGCGGUGAGAUGAUGCGCUUCAAGGCGAUCGAGAACACCAACUACGCGAUCGAGCUCGGCAAGCAGAACAGCUUCUCCUUGGUCGGAGUUCAGGGCGCCGACAUUACUGAUGGUCAGCGCACCCUGACGCUGGGCAUGGUCUGGCAACUUAUGCGCAAGGACAUUGUCAACACUCUCAUCUCUCUCGCUCAACGCCUCGGCAAGCGCGAAGUUACGGAUGCCGACAUGGUUAAGUGGGCCAACGACAUGUCGCGCCAGGGCGGCAAGACCAGCGCCAUCCGCUCUUUCAAGGAUCAAUCCCUCGCGAACGGUGUCUUCCUGCUUGAUGUGCUGAACGGCAUGAAGAGCUCGUACGUCGACUACGAUCUUGUCGCCACCGGCCGCAGCGACGAGGACGCAUAUGCCAACGCCAAGCUGGCCAUUUCCAUUGCCCGUAAGCUGGGUGCCACGAUCUGGCUGGUGCCAGAGGAUAUCUGCACUGUCCGCAGCCGUCUUAUCACCACUUUCAUUGGUAGCUUGAUGGCUACGCACGAGAAGAUGUCUUAGAUUGUCGGCAUUUGCAGAUUUGAAAGAGGCGCGCUUUCUUUUGAAGGUUGAUCAGUUUACGAAAAGUCAACAUGAGAUAGGUUUUGUGGUUUCCCUUAUCGAGUACCCGUAGUAGCGUUCAGAUAGCAAGUCAAAAUGAAGAUAUGAUUUAGCUUAACGAG